AUGGAGGAGGAAUUAGAAGAUCUUGAAUCCCUUUACUCGGAUCAUUUUGGAAGGACUCCUAACAACUCUCAAACCACAGAAUUUUCGAGAGAUAAUACCGACUCAGAAUAUUCUGAUGAAGGAGAAUGCGCUGAAGAUUGCGAGAAUGACGAGGCCGAACUCGUAGCUACAAGAGCAAGAGACUUCACCACCGCGAAUAGUCAGUCUGAUCAUGAUGGAACGGAUAGUAAUAGUAGUGAGGAGGACAUUUGUGAAACAUCUGAUGAUACACAGACAGUAAGACAAUUUAUUAUAAAAGGUUGUGGUUGUCGUCUUAAUUGUCAUACAAAGUUUAAAUUUGACGACAUACUGAGUCAUAUUCUUUCUAUCAGGGAAAUGACAAAGGAGGAGAAAGAACUGUGUAUCAUGUCGUUAGUGGCUGAGGGAAACGACGAGAAAACUAAACGUGGCAAAAAAAGGCAGCGUUCUAGGAAGACAUUUCGGGUGUCAGGAAAAACGGUGUGCAAAGGAACAUUCAUGUUAUGUUAUGACAUUACGAAAUAUGCAUUAGGAGCCAUUGUUAAACAUGUCAGUCAUCACGGCGUUACUCCAAGACAGCAUGGCAACGCAGGUAAAAAACCAAAGCAUGCUAUUACGUAUGAUGAUGUCAUACGCGUUGUUUAUUUCAUCCGAAAUUAUGCAGAAGAAAGAGGUCUCCCUCAACCUGCAGCCCCUCGUUGCCUGGACAACAUCCCACCAGUGUAUCUGACGUCUGACACAACCAAAAAAGACAUGCAUCAGCUGUACAAACAGUCUUGUUCAGAUCCCCGUGUACGCGCUUUAGAGCUCACGUCAUUCAAAGGCAUCUGGCGGACAUGUUUACCGCAUAUACGUAUAGCUAGCCCAAAAGAUGAUGUAUGUGCCACUUGUGAGAAGCUGCGCAGACAAAUAUCAGGUACAGUGACUGAGGAUGUGACACUAGAAACAACGACGGCACUGCGGGACCACGUACUUCUUGCACAAAAGGAACGUGAUCUGUAUAAUGAGUGCAUACGGCGUAGUGUUGACACACGUGACUCGGAGGAAAAGUUUGUCCAUCUUACAUUUGACUUUAGUCAGAACGUCAGUUUGCCUCAUUUUUCUCGCCAGAUGGGUCCAUUAUACUUUCUAACCCUACGUAAAAUACAAAUAUUCGGAGUAAGACUGGAUGGCAUCCCUCACCAACUCAACUUCCUGAUUGACGAAGAUCAAACCAUAGGUCCAGAUGGUAAAGGGACACACGGACCUGACGCUGUGCUGUCGAUGGUAGACUGGGCAUUGCAGAAUCACGCUAAUCAGACUCCUGCCUUGUCGAUACACUCGGAUAAUUGCCCUGGGCAAAAUAAAAACCGUUACACUAUUGGAUAUUUUAUGUGGCGCGUUAUGACAGGACAGAAUGAAAAGAUCGAGUAUCAUAUGCAAGUACCAGGACAUGCGAGGUGUUUAGUUGAUGCGGGAUUUGCACAUCUAAAAAUUAAAUUCCGGAGGCAUGAUGUAGAAACUCUUCAACAGCUGGCCGAUGUAACAGAGAAAUCAUCUACAACCAACAGUGCUGUAUGUUACCCUCAGUGGUCAUGGCGGCAAUGGAAACCCUUUCUAGAGAGAUUUUUCAAACCAAUUAUUGGUAUAAGAAAAUUCCAGCAUUUCCGGUUCCAGUCGGACACACCGGGAGUGGUAAUGGCGAGAAAAACACCUGAAGGCGAGGAACAUUUGAUCCAAGUCUUGAAAGAACCCGGAUUCCGGUUCAGUUCAUGUGCCCGUCCAAGGGUUAUUACGCCCGGGGGAAUGACAUCAGAGCGUAAGAGAUAUUUGUCGCGAAGUGUGCGAGCGUUUGUCAGUCAAGACAGUCAGUCAUAUUAUCAGUGAUUAAGGGGCACUGUUAUAACUGCCAAGUGCUGACUUAAGUAUCCACAGAACUUUUGUUUGUAGUUUAAAACUAUCACCAUUGUUUCUAUGUUCAUAAUACGAUAUUAUUUAAUAUUUUACAAUUUUCUACAUUUUUCUGUUGUAAAGAAAAAAUGGAGCUUUUUAUUUAACUGUCUAUAGUUUUGCCAUAGCCGCAAAAAUAAAUAAUGUUCAAAAUACGUAGACAUAUACGCUAUUGUUUGUUUAUUUAUUUCUUUGUACAUUUUGUAUUUGGUAUAUGCCUAACAAGGUGCCCGCUGACGGCAACGGAUUAAACCUAUGCGAUCAGUGCAUAUAAAAACCCAACAACGCCUUCUGUUCGUGGUCUGCAAUAUUUGUUUUUCAGGCAGUAUAUAUUUUGAAAAAAUCCCGUAAGGAUGUUGAAAUGUUUUGUCCAAAUUGAAGGAAUAUAACGUGGCAAUGGUUUACGCCGUGUAUGACACGCUUAUGCGUGUUCUUAUAACGUUGCUAAGCAACACUAAAAUCGCAAUUAGCGAGAGGUCUAAUGUUUACAUAACUUAAUUACUUACUUCUUUUUAAAGUUUAAACAUAAUUAUUGGGUGGAUUUAAGAUUAACGUAAUUGCCGCAUUAAAAGUCUACAAGUAAUAACGUUAAACGUCAAUUUAAUUUUUCGACGUCAUUUGAUAACAAAGUGUUCAAAUAUAUGACGUUCUUUAAAUCGGCAUAUCUCGAUAAUUAAUCUUUUGAUCUUAAAACGGUUUUCACUCUCUUAUGCAGAAAAAAAAUAUCUACAAUAAUUA